GGAACCCGAGCAGCGGCACUGCAAAGUCCGCUGUGGCUGUGACGCGACGAGUCGGUGCCUGGUUGGCGUGGCUGGCGGGGAGUGAGGCUGGCUGAAGACACCCCAGCUUGUGCUACCUGCCGUUUCAAGGUCUCCUCAUCUUGGCCUCUGCUGGAGUCCCAGACCCACUCCUGAGGUCCACCCUGCAUCCUAGCUCACCAUGGGGAACCACUUGACUGAAAUGGCCCCUACAGCCUCGUCCUUUCUGCCGCACUUCCAGGCUCUGCAUGUCGUGGUCAUUGGGUUGGAUUCCGCGGGGAAGACUUCCCUUCUUUACCGGCUCAAGUUCAAGGAGUUUGUCCAGAGCGUCCCCACCAAGGGCUUUAAUACUGAGAAGAUCCGCGUGCCCCUGGGGGGUUCCCGUGGGAUCACUUUCCAAGUGUGGGAUGUUGGGGGUCAGGAGAAGCUUCGGCCACUGUGGCGCUCCUACACCCGCCGGACAGAUGGACUGGUGUUUGUGGUGGACUCUGCAGAGAUUGAGAGGUUAGAGGAAGCCAGAAUGGAGUUACACCGGAUCAGCAAGGCUUCCGACAACCAGGGGGUGCCGGUGCUGGUGCUGGCCAACAAGCAGGACCAGCCGGGGGCACUGAGUGCAGCCGAGGUGGAGAAGAGGCUGGCAGUCCGAGAGCUGGCAGCUGCCACGCUCACCCAUGUGCAGGGCUGCAGUGCUGUGGACGGGCUGGGCCUGCAGCCAGGACUGGAACAUUUGUAUGAGAUGAUCCUGAAGAGGAAGAAGGCACCUCGGUCAAGCAAGAAGAGACGGUGACCCGAGGCUGCCCCUACCCUACCUGCUAGGGGGUCAGUACACAUUAUAGUCAGGCAGGGCCCGUGACCUCUCAGCCAGCCUGGGUGCUGGAUCUGUCCACCGCAAAGGACUGAAGGAGCAUAGGUGGCCCUGUGCGCCACAGGGGGGAGGGAAGAUGAAGUGUCUUCAUUGCCCUUCACCUGUAGAGGGUAGGGAGGGGCUGCAAGACCGGAGACAGAUGUAAAUGCUAACUCUACCUCCUACCUCGGCCCUGGCUCUCCUGUCCUUCCCUGGCAUUUUAUUUGGAGAUAUAUUUUUAUCUUUGCAGGGGGAGGGUGUGUAGAAGGUUAUCCAGAGAGUGCAUUUGGGGGUGAAUUGAGAACAUCUUUUCGCUCUCCACAGUCUAGGAGAGGGGUCUCCUCAGCUGCUCUUCUCACAGCCAUUCUGUGUCUGUGAAAAUGCCAAGAAUUCUCCCCACAAUUGUAGAUCCCUGGCCCUUUUUAUAAGCCUUGAGUGUCCUCUGUAUUAUUGUAUUUUUUCUGUUUUUUUAGCAUUUGCCUGUAAGUUAUUAAAGCUGGAUGAUUCUGGUU